CUAUGAAAUGUUUUAUUUUUUCUUCACCACAUGUUUGAUUUUUUUAGCAUUUGCAAUUAUUCAAUUUUUCUUAAAAUAGCCUUAUAAAAUGUUUUUUCCCCUCAGAAAUUCUGUUGUGUAUUUAAAUUUUUCUGUUUAUCAAAUUAAGGCAUAAGGCAUAGAUUUUCUUUUAAAUAUUGAAAAGUAAGCAAACGUUAUAUUUUGGUAAACAAAUGGGAUUUACUAUUAAAAAUAAAACAUGAAAGAAAUAACAGCUGUAAACAAAGCAGAGCUGAGCUCACAAAUGCUGCUUUAUCAGGCAUAUGACAUGCAAGUCUUCCUUCAGAAAUUCGGUGAUAUAGAAACACCGGUGUCUCGUUUUGAUAUUUAAACAUAUAAAUGUAAGGAAUUAUUAUUAUUAUUAAACGUGCAGUACGUGCUCAUGUUUAUUCAACAAAGCCUUUUGGAAAAUCAUUUAGUUUUAAAAUCGUGGGGAGUCUCCAAGAAUAAAUAAAUGUAUGGGAAACACAUCCCACAUCACAACCACCUGAGCCCAACUUCAGUCUACUCAUCACCUUGACUUUAACUGCAUUUGUAGAAGGCACCGCAGCCAGACCGAUAUACACACCACAGACCAGAAGUUAACUUAGGGCCAGACGCAUGCGCCCCAUGAAACCAUCUAUAAGAUGACAUUUCAGCGCUUGAUAAACGGAAAGCGACUCCUACGAAGCACUUGAAGCACAGCUGUGCGAUUGCUUUACGUUCAUUGUUGGGAAAUGCUAAAUUGCUAGAAUUAUUUUAUGGUGUGCUUCAGACUUAUCCCUUAAUAAAACAUGAACAAAUACAUGGUGAACUACUGUAUUUAUUACAAAAAAAUUUUUUUUUAGACAGUAUUAUUUAUUUUCUUAAGCGAAAAAGAACUUCAAAUGCAGCCAAAAAUCUAACACCGCAAACUAAAAAUGGUAUUUUAGUUUUACAAUAUAACUGUAUAAAAAACUGCAACAAAUAAGUUUAGGAAUAUAAAAAAUGAUUUAUUAAUCAGAUAAUCUCUUUACAACAAAACAAGUAAAAAACAAGGAACCGUCAAGGCAUAAUUAUUUUUAAUAGAGAUGUAUUAUUAUUAUUACUACAUGGACAUAGCUAAAUCUACUGUAGGCUACAACAGUAGCUUAAUAUAUUGUCAAUUUGCUCACGUUAAACCGAACAGUUUUCACAAAUGAAACGUUAAAUUCUCAUGAAGUGACGGUAUAUGCGUUUGUGUCCUCAUAUAGUGACACACGGCAGAGACUACAAAACAGCGAGCUCCCGCGCACCUGCGCCCGUCACCCACAGAGAUGUAAAAUUUGCAGGAGUAAUAUUUAAAUAGUAUUUUACAGUUUAAUAUUCACAGACACUAGAUUGAGAAUGAGAAGUUGUCGUCAUAGCACAAAGCCCCUCCCUCGAUAUCACAGUCUCCGCCAUGUUGGAAGGAUACCAUCGGCGAAACAGGAUUGUUUACAUGUUUACAUGUGUUGUUAAGAGGAGGUUCUCGCAAUUCUGCACUGUUUUACCAUGCCUGGAAGUUACUGCUGCGUUAAAAACUGCUGCAGUACCUCACACGAUACAUAUGGGAAACAUAGGAACAAUGGAAUACAGUUUUUUUUUAAGUUACACCCAGCGCAAAACAGCGGUAUUUGGAGAAGCUCUCAAGCGGCACAGAGACCUGGACCAUUUACCUCCAUGCACACAUAUGGGCAUUGGGAAUUAUAUAUUUUUUAGUUAAAGUUACUACACAAUGCAGGAGUUUAAAAGCCACAAGUCUUUGGAAAGUUACGAGGCUUUCUGCUGUGGCUGGGUCCAUCUACUGCAGGUGAAGAAAACAGUGUUGUACUGGCCAAAGCUUUGGAUAGUGCUGGUAUGCCAGGGCCAGGCAUGGACAGAGUCGACAGCCUGGCGGAGUAUCUGGUGGAGCUUAGGAACCAGACCUCUGGUCCUCACCAACCAGCAGUUGAGCAAUACAAUUGCUCUUUGGCAGAACCUGCUUGAUUAUGAAAAGCAAAAGGUGGUGUUUGAUGCCAGACACCAGAGCAGGCUGGACACAGCGAGGUUCAGGUCCUCCAAGAAGAGGCAGGAGUUCACUCCAGGGGUGGAAAAUGUGAAGAGGCACGCUCUCACCACCACAGCCCUACUUGCCCAGUGGCCAGAUUGUUGUCGCCUGAUAGAGACCAUUUUUGUAAAGCGCUGCAACAUCCAUAAGAUUCCCAAAAAGAAGGGGACAAGCACAGUGUCCAGGUGGGUCCUCAUGUUGGAGGACAACAAGAAAAUCAGGCAGCGCAUUCUGGCCAAUGCUUCUGUUAUGCAGCAGACCACCCUGCAGCUGGUAGAUGUGAGUCACACAACAUUGGUUCAGUAGCACAACAAGAGCGUUAAAAGGGAGGACAGUGCAGUAUUGAUGCAAGGGCUGCAACUGCCUAGCCGCUUGUCUAUGGCGGCUGACCCUCUACUCCCUGCCAAUGUGCACGCAGCUGUGGCUCAGCUCACCAAUACCACCUGGCCAGUAGCACCGAGGGCCAGGCACAGACAAAGAGGAAGAGGAAAAAACCUUCAGCCACAGUGGUUUUGUCACCGCCAGCUGAGAGACCUCAAACCCAGCGACAACUGUCUCUGUAGAGACUGUGCCAAAGGAGCAAUGGUUGGAGGAUUUAAAAAAAAAAUGAAUAUGAAAAAUUAUUUGUGUAUAGUUCUUUUUCCUUUUUUUUUGAGUUUUAUUUAUUUGAGUUUUAUUUGUUUAAAGAAUGUACAAGAGCCAUGGACAUUUGAAAAGUUGUAUGUAUAUAGUUUUGUUUUCUGUUCUUUUGCACUUGCAAAGAAUGCACAAGAGUCAUGAAUAUUUAAAAAAAUUAUUCAUGUGUAUUUUGCUGUUUUCUGUUCUUUUGCAUAUGCAACAUUAUAACUAAAAUAAUACAAUUAUAAAAUUAUAAUUAC